UUUCAUGACCUGCAAUUCCCUGCAUUUUGGUUUACUUAGCUCAUCAAAGGUUUCAAAAUUUGCAAGCUAUUAUUUUUGUUUGUUGUAGAGGAAAAUACACCAAGAGAAAGCUAAAACAUCAGGCACUUGUUAUGUCAGCAUACAAUAAGACUAAUGUCCAUCCAUCAACCUUCAUCCUCAUUGGCAUUCCUGGGUUGGAGGCUGCCCACAUCUGGAUCUCCAUCCCCUUUUGUGUGGUAUACCUUUUGGCCCUCCUGGGAAACUGCUCUCUUCUGUUUAUCAUUAAGACAGACCCCAGCCUCCAUGAGCCAAUGUACCUCUUCCUCUGCAUGCUGGCUGUGGCUGAUCUGGUUGUGUGUACUACAGCUGUACCAAAACUUCUUAGCCUUUUCUGGUUCCAUGAUGGAGAGAUUCGCUUUGAAGCCUGCCUCACUCAAGUGUUCCUGAUUCACUCUUGCUCUACCAUGGAAUCUGGCUUCUUUCUGGCCAUGGCUUUUGACCGUUAUGUAGCCAUUUGUAACCCAUUAAGACAUUCAGCUAUUCUGACACAUGCUGUAAUUGGGGGGAUGGGUCUAGCUAUAGUACUCCGGGGCACAGCACUUCUCAGUCCUCACCCCUUCCUGCUACGUUGGCUUCCCUACUGCAGAACCAAUAUCAUUUCCCACACCUACUGUGAGUUCAUGGCCCUCAUCAAGAUUGCCUGUGCUGAGACAAGAAUCCGUAGAGCCUACAGCCUCAUCGUUGCCUUCCUUACUGGUGGUCUGGACUUCAUAUUGAUCAUUUGUUCUUAUGUUCUCAUACUGCACACUGUCUUCCACCUCCCAUCCAAGGAUGCCCGAUCACACUGCAUGAUUCUGUUUAAAUGA